CCUCCUUCUACCCCAUGAAGCAUAAACAGCUAAAAUUCUAUCUUUCUCUACUCAAGAUUUGACUGUGCAGCCAAAAUAAAAAAUAAAAAAAUUGAGUCUUUCUCAGCGUGUUUCUUGUUGUGGUUUGGUUUUGCAAAGACAUCAAACCCAUAAAAAAGGACAAGAAGGAAGAGAGUGGUUGUUGCUGUUGUUGCCGUCCCAAUUAGAAACUUAAGCAUAUUUAAAGGAUACCCCAUCAUUAAAAAUUCAAUCUUUUAUGGUCUUCUUCUUGUUGUUCCCAUUAGCCCUGUCUUUAUCCUUUACUUUUUUUCAGUCAACUCUGAUCUCUCUCUCUUCAAAUUUAUAAAUAGUGGCUGGCUGAUGACGCUUGAGCAGGAAAACGAGCAGGUGGUCCUUGAUGCAGCAGGGAUGAAGAGGUACAGGAAUGGAGAAAUCUGGGAUUUUGAGGAUGACAUGUCUGUCUCAGAUGGUGGAAAUGGUGUCUUGUUGGGUUUGGAUGGUGGAACAACCUCCACUGUCUGCAUUUGCAUGCCCUUGAUUCCUUUUUCUCAUUCUCAGCUCCAAUCUCUUCCUAUUCUUGCAAGGGCUGUUGCUGGUUGCUCUAACCACAAUAGUGUUGGAGAAAUUGCUGCAAGGGAGACGUUAGAGCAAGUUAUGGCAGAUGCCCUUUCAAAGUGUGGUUCAAAACGAUCUUCAGUUCGAGCUGUUUGUUUGGCUGUAUCUGGUGUUAACCAUCCAACAGAUCAACAAAGAAUUCUCAGUUGGCUUAGGGAUAUAUUCCCAGGCCACGUGAGGUUAUAUGUUCGGAAUGAUGCUGUGGCUGCUUUGUCAAGUGGAACUAUGGGUAAACUUCAUGGAUGUGUCUUAAUUGCUGGCACAGGGACCAUUGCAUAUGGAUUUACUGAAGAUGGAAAAGAAGCAAGGGCUGCAGGUGCAGGACCUGUCUUAGGUGACUGGGGCAGUGGAUAUGGAAUAGCUGCACAGGCAUUAACUGCAGUAGUAAAAGCACAUGAUGGUCGCGGUCCAAGUACAAUGCUUACGAGUAAUAUUUUACAAACGCUCUGUCUUUCUUCUGCAGAAGAAUUAAUCGGGUGGACCUAUGCAGAUCCCUCUUGGGCCCGUAUUGCAGCACUUGUUCCAGUUGUAGUGUUCUGUGCAGAAAAUGGGGAUGAGGUUGCAAAUAAGAUCUUGCUAGAAUCUGUACAAGAGCUAGCUUCAAGUGUCAAAGCUGUUGUAGAGAGACUUGGAUUGUGUGGUCAAGAUGGAAAGGAUACUUUUCCCCUUGUCAUGGUUGGCGGUGUUCUUGAAGCAAAUAGGAGGUGGGAUAUAGGAAAAGAAGUAAUAAACUGCAUUUCCAAACACUUCCCUGGGAUACUUCCUAUUAGACCCAAGGUGGAGCCUGCUGUUGGGGCGGCAUGGUUAGCUUGGAAUUUUUGCAUGAAAGAAUAUCACAAGUAAAUAUGCGGCAUUUAACUAUUGAUGGAGUGGAAUAAGAGAGAGAAGACACACACCCUCCCUUUCUCCCUUUUUUUAUCUCAUGAAAAAAGAAAAGAAAAGAAAAGAAAGAAGUGACAACUCCCAAUUCUUGGUAAUUAAAAGUGUAGAUGACACAAUGCCAGAAAUGUGAAGCUACAAAGGAAACUUGCUAUGCCAUUUUAGUUUGUGUACCAUCCAGAAUCCAUGUGAUAUUUGUUAGCACAUGGUAGACUUUAGUUCCUCCUCCUCCUCCUCCUCCUACUUGAGUUGAUUGUUUUCUUGUGAAUUAAUGAUUAUACUUAUGCUUGUGUAAAUAAUUUACAGAGGUGCAAACAUAAUAGAGCUGUGUCUUUAA